ACGCUAAGUGUGCGGGUUCUACAUUUUGACGUCAUCGCCUUCUAAAAAGGGAAAAGUAUUUUAUACCGCACGGUAAAACGAAGAAAAUUGAUUUUAUAGUUUUCUCGGUUACUAAAAAUUUAAAAUUGAUUUUGAAUAGUGCAUCGGAUAAGUGUUCAUUAUGUCGAGAUAUAUUCAACGGCCAGAGAAUGCUCUGAAACGAGCUAAUGAAUUCAUUGAUGUGGGCAAACCAGCCCGAGCUUUGGACACCUUGCAAGAAGUGUUUCGAAACAAGAAAUGGACGUAUACGUGGUCGGAAUCGGUGAUUGAACCGAUUAUGUUCAAAUAUUUGGAUCUAUGCGUCGAAUUAAAGAAAUCGCACAUUGCCAAAGAGGGACUGUUCCAAUACCGGAACAUGUUCCAAUUGGUCAACGUUGGUUCGCUAGAGAAUGUAAUUCGUGGCUACUUGAAAAUGGCUGAAGAUCGAACAGAAGCAGCCCAACAGCAAUCGUCUCAAGCCGUUCUAGACAUUGAUGAUUUGGACGAUCUGGCUACACCCGAAAGUAUUUUAAUGAGUGCGGUCUGUGGAGAGGACGCCCAAGAUCGUUCCGAUCGUACCAUUCUAUUGCCAUGGGUGAAAUUUUUGUGGGAAUCGUAUUGUCAGUGUUUGGAAUUGUUGCGUGUCAACACCCACUGUGAGGCCUUAUAUCACGACAUUGCUCGUAUGGCCUUUUCAUUUUGCCUGAAGUACAAUAGGAAAAUGGAAUUCCGUAAAUUGUGCGAGAAGUUGAGGAAACAUUUGGAGGAUAUUUGCAAGGUGUCCUUGCAAACAACUGGCGUCAGCAUUUCGAAGCCGGAAACACAACAAUUGAAUCUGGACACUAGAUUACACCAACUUGAAAGUGCCAUUCACAUGGAGUUGUGGCAAGAGGCCUACAAAGCCAUUGAGGACAUCCACGGUUUGAUGACCAUGUCGAAGAAGACGCCUGUAGCAAAGACCAUGGCAAAUUAUUAUCAAAAAUUGGCCAUGGUCUUCUGGAAGGCCGGCAAUCAGCUGUUCCAUGCCUCAGCAUUGCUUAAACUGUUCCAAUUAACUCGCGAAAUGAAGAAAAACAUUACAAUGGAUGAACUCCAACGGAUGGCGUCGCAUGUUCUUGUAGCUACACUGUCAAUUCCCUUGCCGUCGGCUCAUCCCGAAUUCGACCGGUUCAUUGAAACCGACAAAAGUCCCUUGGAGAAGGCUCAACGUUUAGCGGUUUUGCUUGGACUACAGCAGCCACCAACGAGGGCAUCAUUGUUAAAGGAUAUGACUCGUCUCAACGUUGUGCAACUCGCUUCAGAGGAAUUCCAAAAUCUGUACAAUUGGUUGGAGAUCGAUUUCGAGCCAUUGCAACUGUGCAAGCGUGUUACAUCGGUUACCGAUAUGAUCAACACCGACGAAAACAAAAUUCUCCAGCAAUACAUUCAGUCGCUCCACGACGUCACCUUGGUCCGUUUGAUUCGUCAGAUAUCGCAGGUCUACCAAACCAUCGAAUUCGUUCGCAUCCUUGAACUAGCGCAAUUCACCAAUACAUUUUAUUUGGAGCGCAUUUUGGUCGAUUGUGUUCGUCACAACGACAUGCAGAUUCGCAUCGAUCAUCAGGAGCGUUGCAUUCACUUUGGAUCCGAUUUAAGUGAAAGCCAACGUGAAGAUAACCCAGAUGGUCCUACAUUACAGUCGAUGCCAUCGGAACAAGUUCGUUCCCAGCUUGUCAAUAUGUCCAUUGUGUUGCACAAAGCAAUUGCGGCGAUCAAUCCGAAUAAUAAACGAACCGACCGUGAAAGACUCCGUUCGCAGAUGGUCCAAAAUUACCAUGACAACAAGGUGAAGGAACAUCAACGCAUUUUGCAGCGGCAAAAGUUCAUCGAAGAUCGCAAGGAAGCUAUUGAGAAAAUGAACAUGAAACGCGAAGAGGAUGAACUACGUCGUCAGGAAGAAAUUUCGAGACAACAAAAGUUGGCAGAACAGAAACGUUUGGAACAAGAAAACGAGGAGCGAGAACGUAAACGCCAUGCCAAUGAAAUUCAACAGAUUAAGGAGAAAAAUCUGAAGGAGAAAAUGCAGCAAAUUUCGCAGACGUCCCAUGGUCAGAAGGUGUUGAAGAAACUCGACGACGAGGAGAUAAAGAAACUCGAUGCCGAACAGAUUGCGGCCAAGGAAGCGGAAGAAUUGAUCAAGGAGCGCAAAGAGCUUCAGAUGAAAUUGAAAACGCAAGAGAAGAAAAUUGAUUACUUUGAACGAGCUAAGCGAAUCGAAGAAAUUCCUUUGAUCAAGAAAUAUUUGGCUGAUAAGCAAGUGCAAGACAAGGAGCUCUGGGUGAAAGAGGAACAAUCACGCAUUGAACAAGCUAUUGCUGAACGGAAAAAUGCUGUUGCGCAACAGGAACGCUUGAAGCGAAUGCAUCCAGACCGUGACGAGUUCUUGAAUCAAUUGCGCGUGGAGCGUAACUCGUUGUAUCUUGAAAAGGUCAAAAAGUUCAAGUUGCAACUUGAGGAAGAACGAAAGAGACGCUAUGUCAUUCGAGCCCAAGAAAGGAAAGAGGAACGUCGCCGCAAAUGGAUUCAAGAACAAGAAGAAGAAGAGAGACGUCGUCAAGAUGAAAUUCGUAAAGUGAAGGAGGAGGAGGAACGAGUCGAACGAGAGCGUCGUGCAAAGGAACGUGAAUUAGAAAACGAGAAAUUACGAAUUCAAAGCGAAAAACAACGAGCUCGCGAAGAAGAGGCAGAACGCAAGAUCCAGGAAGAGCGUGAGAACUUGACUAGAUCUUUGCCGCCAAAAGAGAGAGAAGUGUCUUGGCGUCAAGGCGGAACAGAUCGUGAUCGUGCCAAACCAGCGGAUCCAAAACCGGCUGAGCCAGAAGUAAAUUGGAGAAAUAUGAAACCGAGCGACCAGUCGAAGCCGGUUGAGCCGUGGCGUGCCACAAGAUCCGGACCAAGUGAAAAUAAAUGGCGUGAUGAUAGAAAUCGUCCGCGGAAUGAUCGUGACCGUAAUGACCGCGAUCGUGGCAAUGAUCGAGAUCGUGGCAAUGAUCGCGAUCGUGACCGUAUUGAACGUGGAGGACCCCGUAGCGAUCGUAUUGAGCGUGGUGGAGAUCGUAUCGAACGUGGCGGAGAUCGUAUUGAGCGUGGUGGCGAUCGUAUCGAACGUGGUGGAGACCGUAUCGAACGUGGUGGCGACCGUAAUGAACGUGGUGGCGAUCGUGACCGCGUUGAACGUGGUGACGGAGGUUUUAUUCGCAGAGGAGACGGCGGUCGUGAUCGUGACGAAAAGUCAAAUUGGAGACGUGGUGGUGAUGAUCGACAAUCGGAUUUCCGCAACCGCGACCAAGGAUCCAGAUCUGAUGAUCGCAACCGGGCUCCAGCUGAAGGUAAUUGGAGAGCAGCUAAUAAACCCCGCGAUGACGACAGAAAAGAUAGACCGAAACAGGAGAAGGAUGAUGACUCUUGGACCAGUGUCAGAAGAAAUUAAACAUUUUUAAAGUAACAUUUGCAUUACAAUAUUGUAUUAUGUUAGCCAAUUGGUAUCAACAUUAAUAAAGAACUGCAUUACAAA